AAGCCUGAGCUAUGGGGAUAGAAACUGUACGACAAUAUAGGUACCUCGUAAGAAAGUGAUUUUGCUCACCAACAGUGGAGUUGCCUGAAUUUUCGAAAGUCAUAAAUGACAGAGGAUUCUUUAAAUCCAACAUUUAGAAGUUAUACAUUAGUGGUAGUUUAUAUAGCUCUGAAUGCAAAACGAUCGGAUAAUGCUGCCUUGGAAGAAGAACAAGUUCGAUCUGAUAGAGGAAGAUAAACAGUCGAAACAGAAGGGGUAUGCAGUGAGUUUAAACUACUCAGCGCUGACCUCCUUUGCGAAGUCCUGCCCGGAGAGCGCACUGAACAGGGUCGGAAGCAUGUUUAAGUCGAAAAGGAAAAAGGUGAAGAUAACAAGCGAGGACCCAACUUACACCGUCCUCUAUUUGGGAAAUGCUACGACCAUUCAGUCGAAGGGAGAAGGGUGCACGGACGUGGCUGUGAGUAAGAUCUGGGGCAAGAGCGAAAUGGGCAAGAAUGGCACCAAAAUGAAACUCACCAUCAGCUCGCAGGGCAUUCGGAUGGUGCAUGUAGAUGACAAGGCGAGGCGACCGGGACACUUGUAUUUAUUGCAUCGAAUCACCUACUGUGUUGCCGACCCCCGGCAUCCCAAGAUAUUCGCAUGGAUAUACAGGCACGAAAUGAAACACAAGGCGGUGAUGCUGCGGUGCCAUGCAGUACUGGUGUCCAAGCCCGAAAAGGCGAAAGCCAUGGCUUUGCUCUUGUACCAGACCUCAUCAACGGCUCUUGCUGAGUUUAAAAGACUUAAAAGGAGGGACGAUGCCAGGCACCAACAGCAACAAUUGAUAGGGGAACAAACUAUUCCACUCGUUCCCUUACGAAAGCUUCUGAAUGGACAGUGUUACUACAAACCCCCGGUGGAGCGCAGCAGGAGCGCACCCAAACUUGGGUCGAUCACAGAGGACUUGAUAGGGGAAGAAGAGGAGGAGAAAUCCAUGCACUUUGAGUGUGAGGAUAUACUGGACUCCGACCACUGCAAUGGCAAACAGGAGCUGUCUCAGAUCAUCAAUGACCUGGGUGAGAUGUGCAUCGGAAACGACUUACAGACGCUGAAAUCGGACUUAAGGGUUACCCGUUUGCUCUCGGGUGAGAGCACGGGCAGCGAGUCGUCAAUAGAAAGCAACCAAGAGCCAAUCUCGGUCUCCAAUGGUUUCGAUGAAAGGAAAUUGCAAGAGAUUGGUUGAGGAAAGUUGUUCUCAACCAAAUGCCACAUUUGAUUCCUUGUGGACUCAUCUUCAUCCAACACUGUGCUGUUUUGUUUUAAGGAGCCGUGUAUGCCUGUAGUAUUGUGCCUCCUAAUCCAUUCAACUUGAAAGGAUAUGGGUUUUCAAUAGGAGUUCGCUGUGUCGAACCCAACACAAUUACUUUUUGUUUUGUGAAUGGGGCUUUGAUUACUGCACACAUUGCAUGCCUGGUUCAUGUAUAACUUAGAGAGCAGUCAAGGUGUUAGGGACAGUAGCGACAGCACAAAAUGGAGUAGGCCUGCAAAAAUGACAACAGCUACAAAGGUUACAGUAACUAUAGGUUCAUAUGAUAUAAAUCAGAUCAAUAUGUCAGCACACCACCCUAUAGCGGCACUUUUCAUAUUCCUAUAGUGUAUUUGCACAAUUAACUCCACACCAUGUCCUUAACAUCCUGACUUCACAGAUGCGCGUUAAGGUGCUUAUGCACCCAGCUUAUCCCCUCAGCUAGUCUAUGAUUUAAGAGGGGUUUAUGUGAGCUUGUUUACCUAACCUGUUUCCCUGAGGAAAUGUUAUUUUAAAGAAAAGAAAGAAUUGUCCUGGAUGGUAUUAAUGCAUCCUUUUAGAACACUACUCUCAGACAGUACCAAGAAGUGGGUGAUUAAUCUCUCCUGUCAGGACAUUACAUUUUUUCUUUCUUUUUUUGAAUUCUUUUUUGCACUGUUGUGGAAUUCAGUUGAGUAUUAUGUGUUCAUUACUUUGUACAUAAUAUUGUGUUCUCUAAAUGUUCUCAUAAACAUACAUGUCAUUAUCUUUGCUGUGCAAAAGAAUAAAAUUCCGGAUGUAUUAAGAUGUACAUAGUAAGCAUAUGAAUAUACUCAACAUUUUUUAUGGAAGAAACAUGGUUUGUUUCUGUGAACCUCAACAAAACUACCAAUAAAAAAACA